AUGUACAAAAUUAUAUUAAACCACCUUUUUUUUAGUACUAUUUUCACUCCAAUUAUUGGUAAACAAAAUUUAUUAGUAUCUGAAGGUCAUGAACAUGAACGAGCAAGACAUAUGAUUAAUCCUGCUUUUUAUCAUACAAAUCUUAAAUCAAUAGUUUCAAUUAUUACUGAUCAAACUACAAAAACGAUUCAAAAACUUUUGCAAAGAUCAACUUUAGAUCAAUCAGAACAAAUAUCAAUUGAUCUACAAUAUCAAUUUAAUGCACUUACAUUAUCAGUUAUUGCAUCAAGUGCAUUUGGUUCAGGUUUUGAAACAAUUGCAAAUGCUCAAGAGAUUAUUACUCAAACAUAUGGUGAAGUACUUGAAGCUAUUAUUUAUCGUUCAAUGUUGAUGAUUAAUCAAAUACCUUUUAUAUCAAAAUUUCCUUUCUUGAAGAAAAAUAUUGUUGAUAAUGGAGCUCGAAUGAUAAGUGAGUUAGUUGAUAAAAUAAUUACUGAUCGAAGACAAGGAGAUACAACUAGUCUAUCUAAUGGUCCUGAUCUUCUUGAUUUACUUCUUUCAACUGUUGAUAAUGAAGGAAAAUCAUUUACUGAUCAAGAAAUUAAAGAACACGCUCUUACAUUUGUACUUGCUGGUAGUGAAACUACUGGUAAUCUUAUGACAUGGAUGUUUUAUAUUUUAAUGACUCAUAAAGAUGUAUUUGAAGCUUGUCGAGAAGAAGUUGAUAGAGUUUUACCUAAUGACAUAGAACCUACGAAUGAAAAUCUUCCUGCAUUGCACCAUUUUUCCUCAUGUCAUUGUAUACGUGAACAUGUUAUUGACGCUGAAUGUCAAUUACGUAUACCUGCGGGAACGACAAUAACUGUCAACAGUUAUCUUCUUCAUCGUCGAAGUGAUUUAUGGCCUCAAUCAGAUCAAUUUGAUUAUACACGUUGGUUACGUGAUCCUAAAACAGGUUUGAAACCAAAAUUACCUCAUCCAUUUGCUUAUCUUCCAUUUGCUGCUGGUCCACAUCACUGUAUUGGACAAAAUUUUGCUUUAUUAGAAGCAAAAAUUAUCUUAGCUAUGUUUGUUCAACGAUGUAAUUUUGAAAUGAUACCAGGACAAAAAAUAAUACCGGAUUUUAAAAUUACAAUGCGCACAAAAUAUGGUCUUUUAGCAAGAAUUAGUAAACGUUAG